UGAUGUAUGACGGUGGGAUGUCGGAUGGAUGAAAACAAGGUUACGCGAUUUAGCUCCUAUUGGGUGGAGGUUCGCGUCGAGGGUCGCCGGUCUGGGGAUUUUCGAGAUUUGUGGAAACAAGACCUAAGGGGCAAGGUCUGCCUUUAAUGUUUGGGGAGGUGUCCCAGAGGUCAGGAGUCCGAGUCAGAAGCAAAGUGCGACUUGUGUCUCGACACAGGAGAUCAGAUGGUCUGGAUGGGCGCGGGAUGCGCAGCGAGGUGACAGCUCGCGUUAUAUCUUCCGCUUCCGCAAGAUACAGUGCACAAAUGGCGGUGGGUCACCGCCUGGAUUCGUUUCAUGCGGCGUGGAGCUGCGAAGGGGGCGGAAGAAUAUUGCUAUUGGGCGUCGCAAUUCACCGCUGUUUACCAAAGCGGCAUCCACAUCUGCCACUUGCCCGUCAGCCCCGUCGGCUCCGCUGCAACUGGAGGACGACCCCAGCACUCGGAACUAGAGACUGCCUUUCCUAUGCGAGAUCGCGCCUGACGCUCGCCCUGUCAUCUCGCGCACAUGGAAAUGGCUGCGAUGAGUCGUCCGCAGGGCCAGCAAUCACCAGUCAGUCAUGCUGGACAGCUGGUCACUUCACAGCCCCCAAUACACGACAACUCAUAGCCUGACGAGGCCUCUGUUUUGGUCGCCCCCCUGGUUCUAAACUUGCUUUCUCCCUUCGUGAUCCUGAAAAAGCACACA